GCACCGACCCAAAUCGCACCGAGAACUCGCGUGCUCUCGCUCCGCCUCCUUCCUCCGCGGCGGUCGCCGAAACCCUAGCUCGUCUCGCCCUCGGCCCCGGUCCCGGCGGAAGAGGGAGCGGGUGGGCGUGGGAGUGGGAGGGAUGGGGAAGAAGAAGAAGCGCGUGGAGAAGGUGUUCUGCUACUACUGCGACCGCGAGUUCGACGACGAGAAGAUCCUCGUGCAGCACCAGAAGGCCAAGCACUUCAAGUGCCACGUCUGCCACAAGAAGCUCUCCACCGCCGGCGGCAUGGCCAUCCACGUCCUCCAGGUCCACAAGGAGUCCGUCACCAAGGUUCCAAAUGCAAAGCCCGAGAGGGACUCGACAGAGAUUGAGAUAUUCGGCAUGCAAGGGAUUCCUGCAGAUGUACUUGCCGCUCACUACGGAGAAGAGGAGGACCCUUCAUUGAAGGUGGCUAAAGUGGAAGUGCCAUCAAUAAGACCUCCGAUUAUGCCUAAUCAUCCAUUAGGCAUGGUUUUUCCUCCACGGCCGGUUUAUGGUGUGCCCCGACCUAUGUAUAAUCCUGCUAUGAUGGCCCGACCUCCGCUGUGGCCUCCUCAACCGCCACAAGCUUGGUUUGCGCAACAACCAGCAGUUUCGGUUCCUCCAAUGGUUGCUGGAAUGGCACCACAGCAACCAUUAUUUCCCAUUCAGAAUAUGCCCAAUCCAAUGGCAUCAGCACCUGCUAAUUUACUUCAGACAUCAUUCGCUAUGGCCCCUCCUGGAGUUCCUUCGCCUGUUGCCCCUCAGGUUUCCCAACCUUUGUUUCCUGUGAGCACCAUUGGCAAUGGAGCAUCAAGUGCCCCAUUUGCAGCAUCUGUUGUGCCUGGAACUAUCCCAGCAAGCUCCCCAGCAUCAGGUACUACUGCAGGAUUUGGAUAUGUAUCCAAUAACCAAGGUACAGGAGGUUCGGCAGUCGGGAAUACACCCGCAAGUAAUAUUGCAACUUCUGCUACUCAAGCAGCUACAAGUGAGGUCUAUCUAGUUUGGGAUGAUGAAGCAAUGUCAAUGGAGGAACGAAGGUUAUCACUGCCCAUGUACCAGGUGCACGAUGAAACUAGCCAGAUGAGCUCAGUUGAUGCAGAGUUUGAUCGAAGAGUAUCAGAAAGUUGGCUUGCUGGGCACAUGGCCCUGUAAACAAGCUGGCUGCCAUGUUUAGUAAACGCUCAACGUGAUUAUCUGCGCGCAGUUGGUGAUCCUGGAUCCCUUGUUAUCAAUUUGUUUAGUUAGUGACUGGAGCUAUGGCAGCUUAAAGAAUGUUUUGAUUUGACUUGAAGUGCUUUCAAUUCAUUUGCCCGGCUUCCACACCAAGAGCGAAAAAUUGUUAGCCUAGAAAUCAUUUGUUCCAUUGUGACCUGAUGAGAUAUGGGUACAACUGUGUAAACCUGAUGAUGCAUUAGGGCAUUACUGGUAGUUUUUCACCGACUGUAGCAUGAUGUGUUACAUUUGUAUUCAUUGGUAGCAAAGCAAAUGAGGAAUAUGUGACCAGUUUAAUGAUUUGUUCAUGAGAAUUGCUGGCCUUUUAA